AUGGCUGCGCAUUCGGAUGCUCCCGAGCACGGAUCUCCACCUCACGAUGGGGGCAAGCUCACCAACAUCUGGCGCAAGGUAUUCGGCAAGGAUCAGGGCUCGACGACCGCAGCAGGUGCAGGCCCAGUCAGCCCGCCCCCGUCACGGCCAACCUCACCGGCUGCUGCUGCUGCACUGAUCAGAAGAGUCUCGCGUAAGGUUGUCCCAGGGCUGCCUCGGGCCAAAACAUUCAAGAGACAGGUGUCCGAGGAUAGGGCCAGGCUGGAGCCGACCGAGACGACGCAGGCGGAACGCAGGGCCGUCUCAGUCGAUAGGCGACUCCGGCCACAGCACUCUCACCGAUCUCUCUCACCACCGCCGAGCCAGCAUCACCAGAGCGCCCCAGACUUCAUGGGUGGCGCAGUGCAGCCGUUGACGAUGGCCGACAUUGCCCGUUCCCAGGCAGUCUCGGCUCCCCCAAGUCCCGUAGAGGGUGAUUAUGGCUGGCCUUCUGCACUCGACAGCCGCCCGGUCCAUCAUGACGGUUCCUACCAGGAUGACGAUGCGCAGUACCCCAUGCACCAGUCUGCGGCACCCUCUACGGCUGAUGCACGUUCUGUGACGAGCUCUGUCUAUGACGAUCGUCUUAAGCACGAGCUUGAGACAAAGUGGAUUCUCAACCUCAGCAUGCACUUCCGAGACAAGUCAAAGCGUGAGAAGUUCUUUGUGACUUAUCACGAAGACGCCCAUACUUGGCGCCGUGUCACCAUUUCACUCGACUAUCGCAAUGCUCCUGAGGACUCCCUUGAGAAGGAUCUGUCUCUUGCAAAGUACCAGCGCGACAAAAGCUCCAGGAUAUACGAGGCCAUCCGAGAGAGCUUGCAAGACAUCCAGUUCUACGAUACAGUCACGAACCUCAAGCUCCAGACCACGGAUGGAAGGCUCCAUGUACACGUAGUGGAAGACAUCAAUGAAAUCAUCCACUAUCCUACUGUGCAGAACAUACUUCACCUACAGUGCCGACGUAUCCAUGAGCGCGAACUGGAUUUUGACUCGCACAUGUCCGGUUUCGUCUACAAGGUGCUGCACAACGGACGAGUUCUGAUCAAGAAGGAAAUCCCUGGACCGGACACCGUUGACGAGUUUCUCUAUGAGGUCAAUGCCCUCAGCGCUCUUCGGACUUCGCCAGAUGUCAUCAACUUCUAUGGCGUGGUUGUCGAUGACUUCAAUCACGUGAAGGGCCUGCUCAUCGACUAUGCCGAGCAGGGGGCCUUAGUGGAUGUCAUCUAUCAUGCUGCAGAGUCUGGUGGUACCAUCGACUGGCAGCUGAGGGAGCGAUGGGCCAGGCAGAUUGUGCAAGGACUUUCCGACGUGCAUGAAGCUGGCUUUGUCCAAGGAGACUUCACUCUGUCCAACAUCGUCAUUGAUGAGGCGCAGAACGCCAAAAUCAUUGACAUCAACAGGCGAGGUUGCCCUGUCGGGUGGGAGCCCCCAGAGGCGACUCCGUUGAUUGAUUGCAACCAGCGUAUUUCGAUGUACAUUGGGGUCAAGUCGGACCUUUUCCAACUGGGUAUGGUCCUUUGGGCUCUGGCUACGAUGGAAGACGAGCCAGAAGCGCACAGGCGCCCGCUGAGGAUCGGUAGCGACAUUGGCGUGCCGAGAUGGUACCGCAGCAUUGUGAAUUCCUGCCUUCACGAGAACCCCAGAUGCAGGCUUCAAGCUGCGGAGCUGCUCAGGCAGUUCCCAGAGGAGAUUCAGACCAUCUCGGUUGAGGAAGACGACGACAUUCACAAGUAUGAGGUUGCGGAUAAUGAUGACAGCGAGUGGCCACGCAUCAGGACCGUCGAGCGUCCAUACACAUGGACUGCCAACCCCUAUGCUUAUGACCCUCCAGCCUCCCCAUCAUUCUCCGAGGCCUCUUACGAUCCCCCACGCGGAAGGUCUCCGCCUCGUCCCCUGCCGGGUAAAAGCGGCAUGCUUGAUGUUCCAUUCCUUGGGCGGCCUUUCACAAGGUUCGCCCAUUCGGAUGGGGAGCACACGGACGACGAAGCUGAAACGCCUCAGGAGACACCUACCAUGGAGACGAUCACAAAGACACUCGAGCAAAACCUUCACGGGAUCGAGACCACACUUCCGGACGAGCCAAGCAAUGAGCUGGCUCCGACGACUGGCGGUGACAGUCAGAAGGAGGAAGUGAGGCCAGCGUAUGCGGCCCUAGGGUCGUAUGUGAAGGCGGAAGCAAGCUUUCCCGGCACCAACAAAGGGCCACUUCGGGAGGACUCACCAACCCCCAAGACAGAACUGUAUGGUCAGUAUUCGCCCGAGAAAUUGGGCGGCGCCGCGCAUGUGGACCAAAGUAAGACGCCAUCUAGUCUCGACGACACCCCACCUUCAACAUUAGAAUCAACCGGGGCUCGAACAGACAAAGAUAGUCUGAACGUCCAGCAUGCUCGGCAGGCUGACCACACAGAUGUUCUGUCGAAGGACGAGGAUGAGAAUUUUCAGAGUGACCUUGAAUUGGAAGGGGCUUGCGAUACAGUGCUUGAUGACCUGGAUAGAUCGAGACGCGUCCGGGAUAGUGACGCCAUGUUCGUCCCUUCGCAACAGGGCAUGCAAACCGAUUUCAUUGGCAUAGGCGCCGCACAUUAG